AUGAAUACUUUUGCAAUUUCAGUAACAAUAUUUUUUCUUAUAAUUAUUUUUGAAACUAGUGCAAGAAGUGGAGGAAGAGGCGGAGGGGGUGCAAGAGGAGGUGGAAGAGGUUUCAGAGGAGGUGGAGGUGGAAAGUUUGGUCACGCUGGAAGAAUUCAUUACGGAUCAUCUUCGUUCCGUGAAAACGUUUUUCUUAAUCCAACAUCUUCAAAAACAUACUUUACACCGGGACCAGCAUCCAAUACUUACAUCAUCAACCAACCAUCUAACCCUGUCAUGUUUGUUCUACUGUCACAAUUUUUUUUUAACUGA